AUGGGAGACAUGGGAGAUCCACCAAAAAAAAAACGUCUGAUUUCCUUAUGUGUUGGUUGCGGCAAUCAGAUUCACGAUCAGUAUAUUCUGAGGGUUUCUCCGGAUUUGGAAUGGCAUGCGGCAUGUUUGAAAUGUGCGGAGUGUAAUCAGUAUUUGGACGAGAGCUGUACGUGCUUUGUUAGAGAUGGGAAAACCUACUGUAAAAGAGAUUAUAUCAGGUUGUACGGGAUCAAAUGCGCCAAGUGCAGCAUCGGCUUCAGCAAGAACGACUUCGUGAUGCGCGCCCGCUCCAAGGUGUACCACAUCGAGUGUUUCCGCUGCGUGGCCUGCAGUCGCCAGCUCAUCCCAGGGGACGAGUUCGCACUGCGGGAGGACGGGCUCUUCUGCCGAGCCGACCACGACGUGGUGGAGAGGGCCAGCCUGGGGGCCGGCGACCCGCUCAGCCCCCUGCACCCGGCGCGGCCGCUGCAAAUGGCAGCCGAGCCCAUCUCCGCCCGGCAGCCGGCCCUACGGCCCCACGUCCACAAGCAGCCCGAGAAGACCACCCGCGUGCGGACUGUGCUGAACGAGAAGCAGCUGCACACCUUGCGGACCUGCUACGCCGCAAACCCCCGGCCUGACGCACUCAUGAAGGAGCAACUGGUGGAGAUGACCGGCCUCAGCCCGCGCGUGAUCCGGGUCUGGUUUCAGAACAAGCGGUGCAAGGACAAGAAGCGGAGCAUCAUGAUGAAGCAGCUCCAGCAGCAGCAGCCCAAUGACAAAACUAAUAUCCAGGGGAUGACAGGAACUCCUAUGGUGGCCGCCAGUCCAGAGAGACACGACGGUGGCUUACAGGCAAACCCAGUGGAGGUGCAAAGUUACCAGCCGCCUUGGAAAGUCCUGAGUGACUUCGCCUUGCAGAGUGACAUAGAUCAGCCUGCUUUUCAGCAACUGGUCAAUUUUUCAGAAGGAGGACCCGGCUCUAAUUCCACUGGCAGUGAAGUGGCAUCGAUGUCCUCUCAGCUCCCAGAUACACCUAACAGCAUGGUAGCCAGUCCUAUUGAGGCAUGA